CGCCCUCAGCGCGGGGCAACGGCGCGAUCACGUGGGGCAGCGCGCGCGCGCGCCGGGGGGGUGACGGGAGGGGUCGGCAGCCCAUAAAGAGACCGCGGGGAGGGCCGGGGGCUGCGCGGAGCGGUCCGAUCUGCAGCCCCGCGCGUGGGGAACCUCAAUACGGGUCAGUGACGUGACAGCGGUGUCGCAAAACCCGGUGAUGUCAUAGGGUCUGGUGACGUCACACGGAGCAGUGAUGUCAUAUGUUGCAUGCCAUCCCGUGGGCUGCGUUAAUGGAACCCUAAGAACUCCCUCCGUGUGUCGGGGGGGGGUGAGGGGGCGUUUAACGUGACAGCCCGAAACGGGGCUGUUGUCAUGACAACGUGCGGCCGUCGCGGGGCUGUCGUCAGGGCAAAAGGCCCCGGGACCCCUGGCUGCAAGGAGACGACGGGAGCCUCGGAGGGCCGCGGGCCUCGGGAUAAUGAGCUCCGAGAUAAACGCCCAGCGCCACAUGACGUCACUCCUCGGCCUCAUUACGUCACAGUCCCCUCGUAUCGCCCCGCGGCCCCUUUCUCCCCGCCGCACCGCGCGAAGCUCCUCCCGCCGCACUCAAGAUGGCGCCGCCCUCAGCAACAUGUUUUCAGGGGAGCACUUCCGGGUGAUCGAGGCAGAGACGCGCGCGACCACGCGCUGGGAGCUGAGCGCCGAGGGCGAGGAAGUGCUGCGGGACGGCAGCCCCGAAGUGCGGCUCUUCCGCAGCGUCCCCAGCGAAGGGCUGCCCCAAAGCGACGCCAUGAAGCUGCCCGGUGCCCAGGUGGGCUUCAGCAAGGCCAUGGCCAACAAGUGGCUGCGCCUCGACAAGGGGGCACCCGGCGGUCCCCGCAUUUUCCGUGCUGUGGACGCAGUGCAGGACGUGGUGCAGAGCAGCCUGCGGCAGGUGCAGGAGGGCAAUGGCAGCUCUCUGUCUGAGCGCGAGCGCACUGAUCUGAAGAGAAGGAAACUGCUGCUAGAAGUCACUCUUAAGUCCUACUGGAUCCGCAAGGGCAGCGCCUUCAGCACGGCUGUAGUGCGGCAGGAGACCGACCUGACACCGGAGAUGAUCGCCACGGGCUCCUGGAGGAAGCUCCCCUUCAAGGCCUACAACUUCUCAGCACUGGGGCUGCCGCCCACCUGCGGCCACCUGCACCCCCUGCUCAAGGUGCGCUCACAGCUCCGCCAAAUCUUCCUGGAGAUGGGGUUCACAGAGAUGCCCACAGACAACUUUGUGGAGAGCUCCUUCUGGAACUUUGAUGCCCUCUUCCAACCCCAGCAGCACCCAGCACGAGACCAGCACGACACCUUCUUCCUGCAGGACCCUGCUGAAGCCCCUGAGCUACCCGCCAACUACAUGGCCAGGGUGAAGAAGGUUCACUCUCAGGGAGGCUACGGUUCACAGGGGUACAAGUACGAGUGGAAGGUGGAGGAAGCAAGGAAGAACCUGCUGCGCACACACACCACAUCUGCCAGCGCCCGUGCUCUGUACCACCUGGCUCGCCAGGGUAAGUUCACCCCUGUGAAAUACUUCUCCAUCGACCGGGUCUUCCGCAAUGAGAGCCUGGAUGCCACGCACCUUGCUGAAUUCCACCAGGUGGAGGGGGUGGUGGCCGACCGUGGGCUCACCCUGGGCCAUCUGAUGGGCACCCUCCAGCAGUUCUUCACCAAGCUAGGCAUCAGCAAGCUGCGUUUCAAGCCAGCCUAUAACCCCUACACGGAACCCAGUAUGGAGGUCUUCAGCUACCAUGAAGGACUGAAGAAGUGGGUGGAGGUGGGGAACUCAGGCGUUUUCCGUCCUGAGCUGCUCUUGCCCAUGGGGCUGCCUGAGAGCGUCUCUGUCAUCGCCUGGGGGCUCUCGUUGGAGCGCCCCACCAUGAUCAAGUACGGCAUCAACAACAUCCGGGAGCUGGUGGGGCACCGCGUCAACCUGCAGAUGAUCUACGACAACCCCCUGUGCCGCCUCGACGCCUGAGUCCUUACGGAGCACCACAGCCCCACCAAUAAACUUCCUCUGUGCA